AUGUAUGAUUCUGAUAGGGGUGAGGCCUUUAGGGUCUCACCAAGGCUUCCAGAGGAGGCCCUGCAGGCGGCAAAAGACACCUGGAACGAACUGGCAAAGACCCAACUAAGACUAACAGACUCGACCUCAACAGAGGAAGUGGAACGUGAAGCUGAGUGGAUCGAGAAAACCCUGACAGAGGUACUGAAUAGACAUUGCAAACAGAUCAAGCUUUGUGCCCGCUCAAAGCGUUGGUGGAACAGUGAGAUUGAGGCAGAACGAAGCGCGUAUUCCAAGGCUCGUAAGGCCUAUCAAGCUGGUGAGAUUAGCGAGGAAAAGCAUCGAGAAGCACGCAAGGCUUUCUAUUCACUAAUCAGGAGAAUCAAAAGAGAGUGCUGGGAGGGUUUCCUCCAGGGCACAUCUGAAGGUUCUCUGCCUGACCAGAAACGGUGUUGGACAGCCUUACGCUAUACCAAACUACAAACACAAGGUACUACACCAGCUCUAACUGAUGAGGCCUCUGGGGAGGUGAUUGCAGCCACCUUUAGUGAGAAGGAGGAGGUUUUUAGACACCGCGCUUUUCCACAGGCUCCAAACAGCAACAUUGAGUUGCAGCUUCCUGAGCCUGGAUCUGCCCACAAGCUGGUUAACGAGGAAGCAGUCAAGAAUGCCCUCUUUAGCCAGGGACUAGAGAAAGCUCCGGGUACAGAUUUAUUGAACUUCAGAGCUAUCAGGCUCUUGUGGAACCUAGAUUCAGAGCGCGUGGUCAGCCUGGUAAGACAGUGCCUUAGGCUUGGGAUACAUCCGCGGAUCUGGAAAAUAGCUAAGGGGGUUCUCUUGAGAAAGAACGGCAAAACCAACUACACACUGGCUAGUGCAUAUCGAGUGAUAAGCCUAUUGAAGUGUCUAGGGAAGGUGAUUGAGAAGCUCGUGGCAGAGUUGAUCACAAACUUUGCAGAGGCCCAAGAUCUCUUCCACGAUGGCCAAUUUGGAGGCCGUAGGCAACGCAGUGCAAUUGAUGCCGUGGCAUGCUUAGUUGAGGAGAUUCACCAAGCCUGGGCGAAUGGGAAGCUGGCUGCAGCACUGUUUAUGGAUAUUAAGGGGGCCUUUGACCAUGUUGUCUUGGCCAGACUAAUCGAGGUCCUCAGAGAGGCUAGCGUGGAUGGAGACCUUAUACGCUGGGUAGUCUCGUUUCUAUCUGAUCGGCGAGUCACCCUUGUGAUUGACGGACACAUUGGAAAGGAAACAUCGAUAAGCUCUGGGCUACCUCAGGGCUCUCCGGUGUCACCUAUCCUGUUUGUUUUGUAUGUUCAUGGGCUGUCUAGAGCCAUUGAGAGGAGUGUGCCAGAGAUUCGAUGUCUAUCCUUUGUGGACGACCAAGGCCUGAUAACAGCCGCAAGCUCAGUGAAGGAGGCUUGUAGGACCCUUGAGAAAGCAGCCGAAGUAGCCAUCGAGUGGGGGGUGACCAACGGGGUGCAAUUCGAUCGCAAAAGACUGAAGCCGCAUUCUUUUAUAGACGACACAGACGUCAAGUGGCCCAAAACAUAUCCCAAGCCCGGAUCAGGUUGGAGGCGAGUUGGCGACUGUCAACCAACAGAAGUACCGAUAAGCUCUGGGUUACCUCAGGGCUCUCCGGUGUCACCCAUUCUCUUUGUUCUAUACGUUCAUGGGCUAUCAAGAGCCAUUGAGAGGAGUGUGCCAGAGGUUCGAUGUCUGUCCUUUGUGGAUGACCAAGGCCUAGUAACAGCCGCAAGCUCAGUGAAGGAGGCUUGUAGGAUCCUCGAGAAAGCCGCGGAAGUAGCCAUCGAGUGGGGGGUGGCUAACGGGGUACAAUUUGAUCGCAAAAAGACUGAAGCCGCUUUCUUUUAUAGACGACACAGACGUCAAGUGGCCCAAAACGUAUCUCGAGCCCGGAUCAGGGUUGGAGGCGAGUUGGCAACUGUCAAAUCUACAGUACGGUGGCUAGGGAUACUCCUAGAUAACCAACUUACAUGGAAGAGCCACUACAACGCUCGAAUUAAGACAGCAAGAAAUACGAUAAUCAGGUUAAACUCACUCUGCAGAGCUAAUGGGUUACCUCCAGCAUUAGUGAGGCGCAUACAGAAGGCUACAGUGCAAGCCCAAUUGCUAUGGGGUGCCGAGAUAUGGUGGCAAGGCCAGAAAACAUGGGCACAAAGGAUCCAGAUUCUGAUCAAUAAGCAAGCCAGAGGUAUUACGGGCAUGUUCCCAAAAACCCCAAUCGGAGCCCUAAUCAGAGAGGCAGCGUUAGAGCCAGCGACAGUCUUACUGGACGCUAGAGUAGCUCGAUACACAGCGAGGCUACUAGCUCUGCCUGACACGCAUCCUACAGCGCAGAUACUUCCAGUCACCCUCAGACAUGGUGACCUCCGCGCACAACCUGGAGAGCAACCACUGGACGACCGCGAAUGGGCCUCUAGAGACAAUCGGAUGCCGAAUCGACUAGGUCAAAGGCUUGCAAAGCACCUCGCUCAACGGUUAAACAGAGACCCCUCUGGGGGAAUCGAAAGAACUGAACGAUGCGAGCUUAAAAGCUUCCCAGGCUCGAUCCGAGUCCUUGACAAUGAAGAGGCCCUAACGGAGGCUAAUCAACAGCGCCUUGGAACGACGUUUUGGUCCGAUGGCUCCAGACUCGAUACAGGACGUGCCGGAGCCGGUGUCGCUUUACAAGCUAUACCUGGAGGCCCCUGGGAACACGUAGAGGUGCCAAUGGGCCACGGACACGAGGUGUUUGACGCGGAACUAAUGGGAGUAGCUACAGCACUUGAAUGGGCACUUGAGAGGCAACCUCUCGGUCCUAUCUGGAUACUCCUUGACGCGCAGAAUGCUAUUGAUCGCCUCAAGUCAGCAAGACCAGGCCCUGGGCAAGCCCUUGUUCUUAGGGCUCACAGGGCAGUGGAGAAGCUAGCUAUGAGAGGUCAGCCAGUAACAAUACAAUGGGUUCCAGGCCACUCAGGAGUGGUAGGGAAUGAACAGGCUGAUCAAGCUGCUAAACGUGCAGCUAGUAAACAAACCGCGCCCGGUUUUGAGCACCUGUCUCUAGCGUACGUUAGAAGGGCUUGCACGGAAGCAAGAAGAGCUGCAGUAUCUGAAUGGGCUCGAGUCGAAUCAACGCUGUACGAGGCAGGCAUAGAGAUGGACGUGUCUACAAGAUGCCUCGAGGCUGGAACCUUGACCCAGUGGCGGGAAAAGCCCCAAAAAGACUGGCUAGUCGGCCGACGGGAAUCGCCCGAGUGUCAGGCAUGCAAGGAGCCUCAUGAGACAGUGAGGCAUGUGCUUUUUGAAUGCCGAGGACGCCGUACAGGACGGAGGGCUCUAUAUCGAGCCCUCGAGAAAGCUGGAGUGCCGCUACCUACAGCGGCUGAGGAAAGCCCCGAGGCUAGGCUAUUUGCUGAGCCUAGAGCGACGCAGGGUUUGCUGCAAUUUGUGGCUGAAGCUAACCUGUUUAAUGAUAAUGAGCGGACAGCCAGAGAGGCUGAGUCUAGUGAUGUGUGGGGAUGGGAUACGUUGGAGGAAGGUGGCCUAGGUGCCACACUGGAGGAUGGGUAG